AUUCGUCAAAAAAAAAUGAUAACCAGGUCAAUAGGUAUCGCUAGAAGAUCCAAUUCGAUUAAUUGCAUUGUUGGAUCAAAUACAAGCACUUCAUAUAGUUUAGAUGAAUCAACAAAAAGAUGGAUUUCCACUAGUACAAAACAACCAAUGUCACUGAUACCAACUGCAAGUAGCCUUGUUGCUUCUUCUCCGCCAAAUUUGAAGCCAUAUCUUCAACUGAUGAGAGUCGACAAGCCUAUCGGUACCUGGCUCCUGUAUUGGCCAUGCACAUGGAGCAUAGCAAUGGCAACUCCAGCUGGUCAAUUACCAUCUAUCUACAUGCUUUCUUUGUUCGGAGCUGGUGCUUUUUUGAUGAGAAGUGCCGGAUGUGUUAUCAAUGAUUUGUGGGAUAAGGAUUUUGAUAAGAAGGUUGAACGAACGAAACUAAGACCAUUAGCAUGUGGCUCGUUGACUGAAAAGCAAGCAAUUGGGCUUUUGGCAGGACUUCUCAGUUCUUCGCUUGCUAUUCUGCUACAAUUGAAUUGGUACAGUGUGGCAGUUGGCGCUUCUUCAAUGGCUCUUGUCGUUGGAUAUCCUUUGGCAAAACGUUUCACCUACUGGCCACAAUUUGUUCUCGGUGCCACCCUAAACUGGAGUGUGCUGAUAGCGUGGGCAGAAUUGGGCCAUUUCAAUGAUUUUGGCAUCUUUUUGCCACUCUACACUGCCACCAUCCUGCACACGGUCAUCUACGACACUAUUUAUAGUCAUCAGGACAAAGCUGAUGAUAUCAUGAUCGGUGUCAAGUCGACUGCUCUUCGCCUUGGAGCUGACACCAAAAAAUGGUUAUCAGCAUUUGGUGUCGGUACUGUUGCUUCGUUGACAGCAUGUGGAAUAGCGAGUGAUCAGACAUGGCCAUACUACGUGGCACUUGCCGCCACCACAGCUCAACUUGGAUGGCAAGUUGGAACAGUUGAUAUUGAUAAUGGAUCUGAUUGUUGGGAUAAGUUCAAGUCAAACUCAUGGAUGGGAAUCAUCUUGUUCAGUGGAAUAGUUGCAUCUACGUUGCUGAAAGAGGACGAGAAAACAAAAGAAUCGAGGAAGAACAUCGGCGAUGAGAAUUUCGAUGAUGUAUUAGUGACCACCAACUAAUAUAUAGUAGUUAAUUACUUAGUAGUUCUUAUAGUUGAAACAUUCAUUUUGCUUCUGUGAUUCCACGUGUAUGAUAAAUAAUUUUGCCAAUAUAAAUACAAUGAAAAGACGUAGAAAAUGUUA